UAUAUAUAUAUAUAUAUAUAUUGGAACACGACGUCUUAUUACUCUUCCUGAUGAUUAUUCUCUUUCUUCUUCUUACCUUCUGCUAGUUUUUGGUCCAUCGCCUCUGCCGCGAAAAGCUGACGAGGAGCAAUUGCCCUCUGAUCUCUUUCUGUUUCAUAAGGAAAGCAGGAGCCGAUUGGAACUAGAGAUGCAACAAGGAGAUUACAAUUCCUUCUAUCAAUACCAUCCUCACCUUCAAAACCCUAACCCCAACUCCGACCCUAAUCCUAAUCCUACUUUAAUCGAUCACCACCAGACUUCAUACGCAUCCGCACCGCCGUUCACCACCACUUACGCGUCCUCCGAUUACCCUGUUUAUCCUCCCAAUUACCCUCCCUAUCAUCAGAAUCCUGAUUCCGAUGACGUCCUUCCUGCCACCGCUCCGUCAUACAACCCACCGCCUCCUACUCCUCCGUCUACGACAGCAGCUCUGAACCCUAAUAGUUUGCAAUCCUCCUUCAACCCUCCACCACAACCUCCGCAACCUUCUUUCCCUCCUUACGAUUCCCAUGGGCCCUACCAGCCUUCAACCACUCAGCAACCUUAUUACUCACCGUACGAUCAUAAUCAGACGGCUCCCAGUUACGCUUCUCCUCCGCCUCCUACUUCCUCAAUUGCACCAAAUCCUGACACUAGUGCCAAUCCAUCAUAUUCUUCCAUUUACAGUGCCCCACCUUUUAAUAAUAUAGGAUCAUCUGUCCCACCUGCUUAUGAUAAUCCAUAUGAGAAUUCGCUGAAAUUUGAUCAAAGCGUUGGGUAUUUUGAUGAUAAGUAUGGAGGUUAUAAUCGGAGCAGAUCCGAUUUGGGGUCAGAUAUAUACGGGAAGCGACCAGAGAGCAGGUACAAUAUCGGACCCGAAGAUGGGUAUGGGGAUGGCGUUUAUGCCUAUCAAGGGAGCAAGGUGGAGCCAUAUGGAGCCAGGGGCACUGCUCCAAAAUCGUCAACUUGGGCUGGGUUUGAUGAUUACGGGAGAGCUAUUAGUUUCCCUUCUGGGAAGGACUCAUCAAUUGAUUUGGAUUCCAGUAAGAUUGUGCGAGCGGUACCAAAGGCAGAUUCACAGCAGGAUGUAAAGAGUGGGGUCCAAAAGUUCAGGGUUAAGCUGUUGGCUGAAAGCGGAGGCCAGGGCACCAUGGAUGUACUUUGUCAGAUUGGUUUGGAUGGUAUUCGCAUGCUUGAUCCCAGUACCAACCGGACUUUGAGAAUAUAUCCUCUUGAAAACAUAACAAGAUGCGAUGUAACUGAUUCAUCUACCUUUGCGUUCUGGUCCAAGAGUUCUGUGGAUAUUGAACCAAGACGUAUCAGAUUACAAUCAAAUAGUUACACUACCAACACACUUCUUGACAUAGUGACAGCAGCAACUGUGCAGCUCAAGGAGAUGGGUGGGAGCAGGAGGCCUACUGAAUCUUCGACGACGCUUGAGCAGCCCAUAGAAAAGAAAAAAGUGUUUGUUGAUUGGAUGAACUUGAUAAAAGCUGGCAAUGAGGAGAAAGAUCAUUGGGUCCCUGAUGAAGCCGUUUCGAAGUGCACAGGAUGUGGGACAGAUUUUGGGGCUUUUGUGCGCAAGCAUCACUGCAGAAACUGUGGAGACAUUUUCUGUGAUAAGUGUACACAUGGUAGAAUUGCUCUUACCGCCGAUGAGAAUGCUCAGCCUGUUAGAGUUUGUGACAGAUGCAUGGCUGAAGUGACUCAGAGGCUGAGUAAUGCAAAAGAAGUAGCUAGUAAACCUGCAGGAUUGCAGUCUCAUGAGGAUCUUGCAAGGAAGCUUCAGGAGGAAAUGGAUAAAAAUCGCAAGGCAUCAUCAGGAUCCAUGUUAGAUGGAUCUGGGAGGCUGAGGGAAGUUGCCUGUCCUACCUGCACUGUUCAUUUGCAGGUCCAAGUGCCCAGCUCGGGUUCCAAAACUGUCGAGUGUGGAGUCUGUCAACAUCCAUUUCUUGUCAGUGCUCAUUGAUUUUGCAUCUAGUUUCAUGACUAUUGAAGGCGGCUUUUGUGAUAAAAAUGCUAUUCCAACUUAGGACGGGAUGAUCCUAUCCUAGUUCAGGAUAUCACUGAAAUUGAUUUCUGUAACAGGCGUCAACAGUUGUAUAUGGUUAUAAUUAUUUGCUUCUUGUAGCUUGGGGAGUUUCCAUGGAUUGGUGAGUUUGUAAUCUGUUGUUGCUUGCUUGUUUAUAAUCAAAUAAAAAGAUCUAUCAAAAUCAAGAAA